UAUAAAUUGUUCAGCAAGUAGGAUGUGUUUCGUGUUGUUGAAUCUCUAACGGUUUGUUGACAAAACAGUAUUUUAAAUGGAUUGAGUUUCGUUUAUGUUUUCCAUUUAUUUAAGUUUAAGUGGCUAAAUAAGUAAAAAUGACGAGUCAACCAGAAGUCGGUGUAUCCGACUUCGUUCUGUUAGACAAUUUGACUACGGACAAGUUUAUUGAAAAUCUUCAUGUGAGGUUCCAACACAACAAGAUCUACACGUACAUCGGCGAGGUGCUCGUGUCUGUCAAUCCGUACAAGAACCUGGACAUAUACGCGGCGCAGCACAUGGCUCAAUACCGCGGCCGGGAGAUGUUCGAGGUGGCACCGCACGUGUACGCCGUCGCCGACGCCUGCCAGCGGGUUCUCAGGCAGCAGGGCAGAGACACUUGCGUGCUUAUAUCUGGCGAGUCGGGCUCCGGCAAAACGGAGGCUUCCAAGUUCAUCAUGAAGUACAUAGCGGCCAACACCACGCAGGUGCACAGGGAAUACAUCGACAGAGUGAAGAACGUGCUGAUACAAUCGAACUCCAUUCUGGAGACGUUCGGCAACGCAAAGACGAAUCGCAACGAUAACUCGUCGCGGUUCGGCAAAUACAUGGACAUCAACUUUGACUACAAGGGGGACCCGGUAGGAGGCCAUAUCAGCAACUACCUGCUGGAGAAGAGCCGCGUGGUCGCGCUGCAGCCCGGAGAGAGAAACUUCCACGCAUUCUACCAGCUUUUAAGUUCAAAAAACAGCUACACGAACAAAUACGGACUCACCUGUAACUCGCGGUACAAGAUCGUGGGCAGCGAGCGACCGACCGCACAGGAUUCUAAACUGUAUUCUGUAACGAAUAGCGCCUUUAGUGCGCUGGGUUUCGCUCAGUCUGUCGUCGACGACAUAUGGAGCAUUGUCGCUGGAGUUAUACUACUGGGUGAGGUGACGUUCUCAGCGGCCGAGGGCGGUACCGCGGUGGCGGGAGGCUCGGUGAGCGCAUGCGCGGCCGCACUGGGCGUGGCCGAGGGCGCCCUGCGGUCGGCGCUGGGGUCGCGGGUGCUGGCAGCGGGCGGAGACCUGGUCACCAAGCAGCACUCGCCGCUGGACGCUGACUACACGCGGCUGGCACUGGCCAAGGCCGCCUACGACCGCCUCUUCACCUGGAUCGUGCAGCAGGUACACUACCUUGCACUCAAACUCAAAUAA